AUGUCGAGAACCACCCUCCCAAGCAUGAUGCGUGCCCUCUUGCACAACCAGAAAAACCAAUCCUUCCAUGUCGGCUCGACCCCCCUACCGACGCCAUCAUCUACUCAAUAUCUGAUCAAACCCCAUGCCGUGGCAUUGACAUCAGGUGAACUGUCCUGGCCUCGCCCUGAUGAGCUCACCAUCUCCACCCCUGGCGUUGAGUUUGUUGCUCGUGUUGUCAGUUCACCAACCCCAUCCUCCAAAUUCCAGCCCGGAGACAAAGUCUACGGCCGAGUCACCUAUCCUCAACCCGGUAGCGCAAGGGAAUACUCCGUCUCCAACGAUGAAGAACUUGCCCUCCGCCCGAAGAAUUUCUCCAUUAGCGAGGCAGCGACCAUGCCCGUCAGCGCUUUGACGGCAUGGCAGGCUUUCUUCGAAGAAUUCAAGCUCGCACCGCCAACCAGUGUAUCCAUUCCAACUCCGUCGACCACUCCGCUCCGGAUCCUGGUCACGGCGGCCUCAGGCGGUGUCGGAAUCUGGGCUGUGCAACUCGCCAAGUUGAUCGGGGCCUCCGUCGUGGCGACCUGCGGAUCCGCGAACGUCGACUUCGUCCGCAGCCUCGGCGCCGAUGAGGUGCUAGACUAUAAGACGACCGACAUCCGCACGUGGGCCGAGGAGGACUCAUCGUCCCGCAAAGUCGACUUUGUGCUUGACUGCGCCGGUCGCGCCUCGCUCGAGCAGGCCUGGCACGCCGUCAAGGAGGGCGGGCAGAUCCGCACCAUUGUUCCCCCGGCCGACAUGCAGUGGAAGUUCGACCUCGAUCGCCCCGAGGGCGUCAGUGAAUCGGUCUCCGGACGCUUUUUCAUCAUGCAUCCUUCAGGUGAACAGCUGGGGAAGAUCACGGAAUUGGCCGAGCAGGGAAAAGUCAAAGCCGUCGUGGAUAGUGUCUGGAAGCUUGACGAGUUCCAGCAAGCUUUUGAGCGGUUGAGCUCUGGCAAGACAAGGGGUAAGGUGGUGCUGAAAGUGGAUGACGAGGAGUGA